GAGGGAUGCAGGAAGGUUUAAGCCGGGCUCUUGGCAGUGUUGUCUUCUCUGAGGAGUCCUCACAAGAUCCUACUGGACAACUGGGAGGUUUCUCUCCGCAGUUGACUAAGAAGACAGGCCCUUCUCUGUUGCAAGUGGCAGAUGAAAUCAAACACUAUAACCACAGAGCAGUCAUAAAGCAGGUAUGUUUACUCAGCGCUGCACACCUAUGCUGGAUGCAGGGGCGCCUUCCCUCCCAGCCUGCAUACCGGAGGUCAAGAAAGGCACAUGCUUAAAGAACAAGCUGCUUACAUAUGCAUUGGAUGUCCAAGAAAAGGUUGUUUUGUUACAAUGAGUCCCCAGAAUGAUUGACAUUUUUCCCCGCCCUGAGUCUCAGUUCAUUUACAUAUGCGUGGCAUUUCUCCCUGGUCAUCUGGUGGUCUUUCUGAUGAAGGCUGUCAUCUUCCUGGCUGUGCACUCUUUUGACCUGGGUCAAGUUGGAGGACACUUGACUGGCUCUGGCUGGUCCUCCUAUCAGCAUCAACUCUGUCCACCAAUCCGCUGCUUCGUUGUUAAUUUGUGGUUUACUGCCCAGUCUGCUGGCUUGCAUUCCAGAGAUGGGAUAGCUAACAAUGUUAUUUGGAGAAACGGAGACUUGCUGUCCAUACUAACUCUCUAGGUCUGUAGAAAAGCAUCUGUUAUCGGCAGCGAAAACCUGGCUUAGAAAGGUCAGAACUGUAGCUGUCAAUUCAGCACCUCAUGAAGGCAUAUGACUUUUAACCUAGCGUAUUUUCCUCAUUUCACAAGGAACUCCAUGCCAUUCCUCCAACAAAUCUGUUUUAACACUCUGGUAAUCAAUCCAGACAUCUUUCCAGCCAGAACAUUUUGGCCCCAACUGCUCAGUCACAUUCCAUCUCAUGCCCACACACCUGUUCUCUCAAAUGCGUGUCCAAAAUCAAGGUGCAGAAAACCUUGAUCCCAACACUGUCCCAGUAAUCAGACAGUAAUUUACCACCUCUAUUCUCCUCCUUACUUUUCAGACCCAGCCUCCAGUCAGGACAGAGAAGAACACUCCUGGUGUUCCCAAUUCCUUUAGUGUCUUUCCAUGGGAUGCAAAGUCCCUUUCUGAUGUUCUGCCAUUUCCUUGUGGCAGCCUCCCAUGACCCUACUUGAAUGACAACAAGCGGAUGGUGGUCUUCUUGUUUGAUCAGAUGUGGUGGAGUCAUUAAUGUCUCUGACAUGUGCUCCUGGAAGACAGCAAAGCUCUCUGGAGAGGUUGUCUGGGCAGCAGAUGGGGGCCGCAGUUCCUCCCAGCAUGGAGUCUCCAGUCACUAAGACAAUGCCGGGCAAUGGCGCCUGGCAGCCGCUCCCUGGCAGGGGCUCUCCCUCACCCGCUGAGGUGAUUCCCUGCGUCAGCAUGGAACUGGAACCCCAGAGCCGAUUGCAUCACAAAAACAUGCUGCGUUUUGUGAUCUGCAAGGUUGCCCUGCAUGCUGCCUGGUCCCCAGCCCGGGGCGCGUCAUUCUCUGUGAGGUGACACUGCGGUGUGAUGUCACAGUGGUACCUCAUACACCCUUGUGGCAGCGGUGGGAGGGGUGGCUCAGUCCGCUUGUGGGACCCGCAGGAAGUGAACCCAGAGAGAGCGUUGUGUCUGUCUGGACAUAUCCUGCUGUGAUGGAGCGUCUGAGAGCCCUUCGAGGUCUCUUUGCUUGUGUGGGCUGCAUGCCCAGGCGUACGCGUCGCAGGGAGAGAAGCAGGGUGUCAAGCCCUGUCCCUACCUGCGCCGUGACUUUGCUGCUGCAGUGCCUGCAAGAUCGGGAGGGUGACCGAGCGCAGGCGUACUGUGAGCUGGAGAGCGCCCUGUGGGAAGAUGACAGCCGCCUGCCGUGCGGAGUGGUGAACCGGCUGCUGGCAGAGGUGUCCCAGGACCUGACGGCAGCCCAGGGCGUGACAGCUGAUGUGAGGACAGCUGCCAGCAAUGUCCUGGUAGUUCUGGCUCGGAUGCACUUCACCCUGGUUAUGGCCGAGCUCCAGAGCCACCUGAAGGCCGUGGGGGAGAUGUCCAAGGAGUUUGUGCUCAUCACCCUGAGCAAACUCUUCAGCACUUAUGCUCCACAAUGCAUCCCCUUUGUGUGGCUGACGCUGGCCGGCCUGCGCAGUGUGGUGGGCCAGGUGAGGAGCGGCCGGAUCCUGCGCAUCGCUUGUGCUGUUGUGAAGCAAUGGUUGGACGGAGUCAAAGUUCACCUAUCCUCUGGAAAGCAAUGCACCUGGCCUGCCACAAAGAAAGAGCAAAUCUAUGAAAAUCUUCAUGAGCUGCUCUUCUCUGUGGUGAAGAACUGGCAGGACUGCCAGGAGGAAGAGGACAAACAGGCCGUCGUCGGGGCUGUGUCUGCCAUGUUGGCUGUCCUUCUGCAAGAGGAGCUGCACCGAGAGCACAUCUGGGAGCAGCUCCUCUGGCUCGUGCACCCGUGUCAGGAGGUGCAAGACACCUGCAGGAUGGCCAAGAGCCUCACUCUCUUCCUGGAGGCCUUAGAGCAUGUUGAGUCCGCCAUCCCAAAGGACAAGUUUCUGGACAUCACCAGUGCCGUGUUCUACCAGCUCUAUGAUGACACAAAACAGCACAGCGAGACUGAUUGUGCAGAGCUGACCCACUGCAUCAUGCUGCAGGUCCAAAUCUGCCCAGAGGAAAUGAUCCUGUUUCUGCAGUCGCAGCUGGGCGAUGACUGGGAGGCUGGAUGUGUGGCUGCCCUGGGUCUGCUCGGUGCUCUGGCUCGCUCUAAUGAGCCCACGAUGAUGACAGAGAAGCUGCCCCAGGUUGUGGAGGCUGUGCAGCAUUUGUACAGUGACACCAGGACCAGGGUGAGGAAGGCCAUUCUGCAUUUCAUUAAUGAUCUGCUCAGUGCUAACGCCUGGAACUGCUCAGCCUGGGAUGUGAUGGGGCACAUCUUCAGUGAGUUCAGCCGCACCACGGGAAGAAGGGUAGCUGGCGACCUUUCUGCCCAGGAAGCCCAGGAAGAAGGAGCUCUCCAGGAGCUGUGUAUGGACAUCCUGGGGUCACUGGACAUCUCUGUGAGAGGGAUGUCCAAACUCCUGUGGCCGCGGCUGCUGUUGUUCGUGGUGCCAGCCCAGUACACCGGCAUGCUGAUCCCGGUCUCUCGCUGUGUCCAAGCCCUGGCUGAGAGAGAGGAUCUGACAGAACGGCGGAUAGAAGAUCUGGAUCCCCAUUUUGUCAGCUCCAUGUUUCAAGGCCUACUGCUGACUCCCCAGACACUGCUGGUGCGCCUAUUGGUGGUGUCAGGGAGCCCUGUUGCAGGCAGCGAACUCCAAGCAGCUGCCUUACUGCUGAUGCAAAACCUGCACAGCAGGUUCCACAGAGCUGUGGGGGCCAUGUGGGCUACUGAGAUCCCCCUGCUGCUGCAGUGCCUCGAAGGGAAAGAGGAGAGUUUCCCGGACUCUGCAGAGUUUGAGCGCCGUCUGCUAAAGUUCCUGAGGGCAUCACUGGACACCAUAGAAGAUGAGGCCUGGAUCGAGGCCCUGAGCUGUGAGCUGAGCCGGUGGUUGAGCAGCUCUGCCUGCAGCUCUGGAGAAAAGUCUUUUCUGUACAAGGCUCUGGGGACAGUGCUGGGAGCCUGUAAGAGAGUCCUCCACGUCCAGCAGAAGCUGCUGCAGCACCUGGAGGAAGUAAAUGCAGAGGACCCAUCUGAAGCCCAGGGAAUCAUCUCUCUUCUCAGCCAUGCUGCUGAGAGCAACUUCCAAACAGUCCUGGCCACACUCACUAUCUUUGCGUCCAGGCUGUGCAAAAGCCGCAAUGGGAAGAUUUCUAGGCGCAAGAAGAUGGAGCUGGAGAGCACGAGAGCUCAUGCUACACGCAGCGCUCUCAUGCUUGCCCACGGCAGCUUGGCACUGCGUGCCUCCAAGGAACAGCUGCUCGCCCACCUGGAGGGAGACAUCGUGGGCAACAUCCUGAUGCUCUACAGCUGCAGCUGCCGGGACUUGCAGAACAACCUCGCGCUGGUGCAGAGCAUCACCGACUUCAGCUCUGCCUUCCAAGCUGUGGGUGACUCAGCCUGCUUUAACGCCUCCUUGAAGGGCAAGCUGCUGGAGAUCCUGAUGGACCUGCUGAAGAAGUAUUACUUGGGCAUCACUGUCUCCCCGGUACCCCUCAAGGUGGUUCUGGCCCUGGAGCAGUUGAGCAAGCUGAAGCCCUCUUUUGAAAGCAAGGACAUGCAAGAAAUGUUGGUUCUGUGCUGCAAGAACAUUGUGACACAUCCUUCUGCAGAGAUGAUGCUGAAGAUCAAGAAGUCACAACAAGCAGCGCAGUACCUGCAGCUUCAGCAAACAUCACUGAAAGCUCUGGGCCGGCUCAUGGCGGUCCUGCUGAAGACAGAGCCCACUGGCAGCUUCUUUCAGAACAUAGUCCAUGUCCUGCAGAGAUCGCUGACAUCAGACAACGUGUGGGAGCGCAAGAGGGCCCUGCAGUCCUGCUCCCAGCUGUUGGCUGUUUGCGAAGAGCUUCAAAGAGGAGAUGCCUGCGAGCACUUUGGCUCCUUGGUGGGAUUGCUGGCACCUCUGACGUGCGACCCCAUGCCUGCAUCCCGCCAGCUGGCUGUCACCUGUCUGGGGUCCCUCCUCCGAAUCCAGGCCAAAGCAGCCAGCAGAGUCAUCGAGAUGGGUGACAUCAGGAGCCUGUGUGAGGGGCUGCGUGCCUGCAGUGUUGUCUCUCAGCUCCAGAUCUCGUCCAAAAUGGCAAGAAUUGUGUGCAGAAACUUCCCCCUAGAACGCACUGUCGAUUUCAUGUUGGCCAUCAAGGAAACCAUCCAGAAAGCCACAGGAGUGCGCGUGCGUGCUGCUGGGAAGUGGAUGACCACCUUUCUGCAGAUGUACGGGAAGGACAUCUGUUGGAACGUGCCACCGAUCCUCUACAUCCUGCGCAGCUGCACCUCGUCCCCGCAGCAGAGCACAUUUGUGCCCUUCCUGUGCCAGGCGGUGGCCAUCCUCACCCGCUGUCACAAGGAGUUCAUGAUUGAAAACUUCUCCCGGCUACUUGGGCCCACAGACAGUGAGACAUGGAGGAGAAUAAGAGAGUUUUGUCUUCAACGGUGGAGCCGAUGAAGUGGAGUGAAGUGAAGUGAAGUGAGGAAAGAGGAGAGAAGAGGACAGAAGAGAAGAGAAGAGGAGAGAGAAUUGGA